AUGGUCGCCGAUCGGAAGGGAGUGAGCCAGAGCCAGAGCCAGAGCGAGAGGGAAGCGGAGGGAUGCCGGGGAUGCAGCUGUCCUUGCAGGGUCCAGAAGGAGAUGGCUAGGAAGCGGGGCAGGAGCAGAAGCGAACAGCGCCGUCGUCGCCGGAGGAGGAGGAGCAAACCCAGCCCAACAAACUUGUCACUGAAGCGAACGGAGGAUCAGAACCAAAUGUGGAUCAGCACCUACAGGAGUCUGGUGGAGUGGCACCGCAACCAGGUCCUUAGGCUGUGUCCAGGCAGUCAGCCGGAGGAGGAGCAGGCGGAGAAUCACGAGGUUCUGGCGUCUUCCCACCUGGACUACGUGUAUGAGAGCUCCUCCUCAGAGGAUGAGACUGAACCCAUCGACGAGGAAUACCUUAAAUUUCUGGAGGUCACCAUCAAGCAUCAAGAGAAGCUCAGACAACAAAAGGCAGAUGGCACCGUUUCCAGAAGCUUUUUAGAUUAAGCGGAAAAUAAUUAUUGUAUAAGUGGACUUUUAAUUGAUUUUUAAAUGUUUAAUUUUAAAAGUA